AUGUCGGCAAAUAGCUACUACAGAAAUGGCGGCACCGGCACCAGCACCAGAGGAGGUGCAGUGAAGUUUGAUAAUCACAAUUCCAAGUACUCUUCGUUGAAAUCAAAGGCGCAAUUGCCGAGCGUCACUUCUUCCAGCCUCAGGCGCAGCAGCACUGGCUCGAGCUCGAGCCGAGACGAUUCUGCAGUUUCUGGAAGAGUAAGAGUUGCUGUCAGAUUAAGGCCUCGAAAUGCAGAAGAGAUGGUUGCAGAUGCUGAUUUUGCAGAUUGCGUGGAACCACAGCCAGAGCUCAAACGAUUGAAGCUUCGGAAGAACAAUUGGGAUUCUGAUACUUAUGAGUUUGAUGAAAUUCUAACAGAGUUUGCAUCACAAAAGCGGGUGUAUGAAGUUGUAGCAAAGCCCGUAGUGGAGAGCGUGUUGGAGGGUUACAAUGGAACAGUGAUGGCAUAUGGGCAAACUGGUACGGGGAAAACCUACACACUUGGACGGCUAGGAGAAGAAGAUGCUUCUGAUCGUGGAAUAAUGUUGCGUGCAAUGGAGGAUAUAUUGGCUGAAGUAUCACCUGAAAAUGAUCUGGUGUCUGUUUCUUACUUGCAGCUCUACAUGGAAACCAUACAAGAUCUCCUUAAUCCAGCUAAUGAUAGUAUAUCUAUUGUUGAAGAUCCCAAAAGUGGAGAUGUAUCUGUACCUGGAGCUACUGUGGUCGAAAUUAGGGAUCAUAAGAGUUUCAUGCAUUUGCUUAAAUUAGGCGAAGCUCACCGUUUUGCUGCAAACACAAAAUUAAAUACAGAAUCCUCACGAAGUCAUGCAAUUUUAAUGGUACACAUAAAAAGGUCUGUGAAAGGAAGGAAUUCUUCUAUUUCAAGUGAAAAUGGAAGCAUGGGUUUAAAGUCAUUGAAGCCCCCCAUUGUUAGAAAAAGCAAGCUAGUUAUUGUGGACCUUGCUGGUUCCGAGCGAAUUGACAAAUCAGGGAGCGAAGGCCAUACGCUGGAGGAAGCUAAAUCUAUAAACCUGUCUUUGAGUGCAUUAGGAAAGUGUAUCAAUGCCUUGGCUGAGAACAGUGCACAUGUUCCUGUCCGCGAUUCAAAGCUUACAAGAUUACUUCGAGAUUCAUUUGGAGGUUCAGCAAGAACUUCAUUGGUCAUUACUAUUGGUCCGUCACCACGCCAUCGUGGAGAGACAAACAGCACCAUCAUGUUUGGACAGCGGGCCAUGAAGGUGGAGAACAUGGUAAAAAUUAAAGAGGAAUUUGAUUACAAAAGUUUGUCCCGAAGACUUGAAAUACAGUUGGACAAACUAAUUGCAGAACUUGAAAGACAACAAAAGGCAUUUCAGGAUGAGAUCGAAAGGACAAAAUUGGAAGCACAAAAGCAUAUCACUGAGAUGGAACAUAAAUAUGCUGAUGCAUUGGAGGAGAAACUGAAGUCCCAGAAAGAGCACAUGGAUUCUGUAAAGAGGCUUGAAGAACAAUGGGCAGCAAAACUAAAGAACCAUGGAUCGCAAAAGGUUAAAGUAGGUAUAGUUGAUGAUGGCACUGAUCAUAAAUCAAACUCAGAGCCUAAGCUGAUAGCUGCUGGUGAAGUUGCAGAGAUUAAACAAAAGCUUCAGAAUGAAACUCUUUUGCGAAAAGCUGCUGAAGCAGAAAUUGAAAAUCUAAAGAAUCAGCUGGUUCAGUUAAAAAACACAGAGGGUGCUAGAAAUACCGAACUUUUAAAACUACGCAAAAUGCUUGAAGAUGAAGAACAUCAGAAGGCAAAACUUGAAGAAGAAAUAGAAAUGCUACAGAGUCAGCUAUUGCAAAUAAGCUUCGAAGCAGAUGAGUCAAGCAGAAAUCUUGAGAGAAGUUCCAUUGGAAAUGCACCGAGCCCCUUGGACACACUCAGUCCUCAGGUCAAGCCGCAACAAGUUAGAAAUUCUGGAGAUGGAGAGAAAGCUUCGAUGGUGAAACUCUUUGAACAAGUGGGUUUGCACAGAAUAUUGUCAUUACUCGAUUCUGAAGAUGCUGAUGUACGAAUUCAUGCUGUUAAAGUAGUUGCUAAUCUUGCCGCAGAAGAAUCGAAUCAGGAGAAAAUUGUCGAAGCUGGCGGACUUGCAUCUUUGCUUAUGCUUCUAAGAAGCUCCAAUGACGAAACAAUUCAUCGAGUUGCAGCUGGGGCAAUUGCAAAUCUUGCAAUGAGUGAAACCAACCAGGAGCUCAUUAUGUCUCAAGGAGGAAUAAGCUUGUUGUCACUGACAGCAGCCAAGGCAGACGAUCCUCAGACGCUCCGAAUGGUUGCCGGAGCCCUCGCCAAUCUUUGUGGAAACGAAAAGUUGCAAGCGAAGCUUAGAGCUGAAGGCGGCAUCAGGGCGCUUCUCGGGAUGGUUAGAUGCAGGCAUCCCGAUGUUCUGGCUCAAGUUGCUCGUGGAAUCGCAAACUUUGCUAAAUGUGAAUCGAGAGCAUCCAUCCAAGGGAAUAAGAGCGGGAAGUCAGUUCUAAUAGAAGACGGCAUCCUUCCCUGGAUCGUGCAGAAUGCUAAUAACGAAGCCUCGCCAAUUAGGCGUCACUUGGAGCUAGCCCUUUGCCAUUUAGCACAACACGAUAUCAACUCAAAGGAAAUGGUCAAUGGAGGCGCCUUGUGGGAGCUCAUUCGGAUAUCUCGAGAUUGUACACGCGAAGACAUACGCGCUCUUGCGCAACGAACUCUCAAGUCUAAUCCUUGUUUCCAAGUCGAAUUGAAGAGGCUAAGAAUCAACUGCAGCUGAACUACGGCGGAAAGUUUUCUCGACGGUACG